AUGUCUUCAAUAACAUCUUCUGAACAAGUUCCACUUGACAAAGUCGAGAUACUUGAGCAACGUCGUCUUUUAGUCAAACAUAAAAUGCGUCUGUGCUUAAGAGAUGUUAUGCUACUCAACGAGUACAAUUUAAUGAAACCAUUGAUCGAAGCUCUUGAACGAAAUUGUCAAGAUGACGAAUUGGAUGUAUUCAUUGCAUCUUACAUAGCUCAUUUGGAGCACAAGGAUAUUGAAGAUGCAAAAAUGCAGGAAGAAAUGGCACAAGAGGCAAGAUUAUACAGAGAAGCACAAGGUGUUGACAAUGCAGAGAAUAAUAGCAAUAGUGAAGAAAUGGAGACUGAUCAUUGA